UUCCGUUAUAAAUUCGAGCUCUCUAAAUCUUUUCUCUUUCUCGACAUACCUCCUACUUUUUUCCCCACUUUUUCGUACCAUCAACUAUACCCAUUGCUUUCAAUCGUACCCUCUGCUACCAUGACUUCACGACGCAACCGUAAAGCGACCCCGAAACCCAAGCCGCUCAGACAAACUGCAGAGAUUCUGACAUCCGAAGAAGAAAGCACCGAUGGCGGGUCGGUUACCCGGUGUGUUUGCGGUGAAAUUCACAACGUUGGGCUAAUGGUUCAAUGCGACAAGUGCGAGGUGUGGCAGCAUUGUGACUGUGUUGGUCUGACCGAAGAACGCAUCCCCGAUCAUUAUUACUGUGAACGAUGUCAUCCUGAAAAUCAUAUCUAUAUCAAAGUCCACGGCCGAAUAAAACGUGUAUACCAUCCUAAUGGCAGUACCGAUACUUUUCCUCAAGUUACCACUCCGUUAUCUUCGCAGUCACCAGAAAUGACCAAGAAAGAAAUUUCAGAUACCAAUGGAAACCGAGCACCCAAACGACGUAAACGAGCUGCGAAUGGUACGGAUCAGCCUGCGAAUGGAAAAAAACCGCCCAAAGCCAAUCGAAAGGUAGCGGUGGCUUCCACUAAUGUGCGGUCGCAGGCAUCUCCUCAGUCGAGGCGAAGCUCGGUUUCGUCGUCGGUAGGAUCCGUGGAUAAGAUGAAUGCAGAAGAAGAUGGAUGGACCGAGGUGUCAGUGGCUCGGUCAGAAGACCGAGAGGGAAAUACCGACGAAUUGAGUGAUCACGAUCGUGUCGUUGGAGAAGAAGAAAAUAAUCAACAAACCGAACGAAUGACACGUUCACGACGUGGCGCACGCGGUAACGAGAUGGCAUCCCCCCUGGAAGAGAUGCAGGAUUUGGAGAUUCAGAUUCCUUCGCCUCGACGAAAAAAGCCCAACACGAAUGGUGGCAAACGAGCCGGAUCCACCCCGGCGGCGUCAUCCAGUCCCUCUGUCGCACGAUCCAAUAGUGGAAAACAAACCAAGGUCGGGAUGCGAGCAUCGACACCCCAAAUAUCGGAUGAGCCUACCGUGUCGGUCGUCACGACACACACUCCGUAUUGGGAUGAACACGGACUUCCUACACGUGAAAGUUCGCCACCGACCAAAGUGAAACUGCCGACCACCAAGAUGAGUCUAGCAGAUAUGAACCGACGAGCGAAACAAAUUCAGGAUUAUGUGGGGAAAAUGCAGCAAGACAUGCUAUUGUCGGGAAAACAUGGGCUGAAAAAUCACGAGUGUACCAUGAAACUAGGUUCCUAUGACAAUGUGACGCACAUCAAUGUGGAUGUGGCCGAGUUGAAGGAGGCGGAGUAUAUGGGUCGAUCACGGUCGCUUUCCAUCUCAUCGUCAUCGUCGUCCCUUAGCAGUGCGUCUACGUUACCUUUGAUGGAUGAAGAUCAUGAUGAGUUCAUUUCCACCAAGUGCAACUCGGUGCUUUCGGCGUCCAGUCCGACUACACCUGUCCCUCUGACCAGCUCUCUGCGAUGUUCCGAAGAAGAAACAUCGCUGGAUAUCAUGAAUCGACUCACCCGCGAAGUCGUGAAAUUUCAACGCAAAUUUGGCAUCUUGUACCAGCAAACCUCGCGAACCACUCGAUCUUCCCUGAAAGAACGCGCUUCACCUCAACGUCACACAAGCGUUAAACUUGCCAAAAGAUAGAGGACUUCUUCAUCGUCUCAUCCGAAAAAAAAGCGAUGCCUCAGUUCCUGUUCCCUGGUCCCCUAGUUUUUUUUUGUCAUUAUUAUUAUUAAUCGUUGAUCAUUCUCGUCUCCCCCUCUCUUUGUUUUGAGUUCUAAAAUCCAAAUUCCAAUCCACAAACACAGCACAGUACACCA